CUUGCUGGGCUGUAAGCAGCAGCAGCAGCAGCAUAGACCUUAGCUUUGAGGGUUGUAAUGGGGGAGGAAUAGUUUGGCUUUUUGUAGUUUUUUUUUUCCCCUUUCUUCUCUCUCUUUCUCUCUCUUUUUUUUUUUUUUUUCGUCCCCUUCGUUAUAUCUUUCUUCCUUAAAGGUCAAAAAUCACUUGGGAGCUUUGGUCUAAGUGAGUGAGAGGAGGCUGUGGGUUUUGGUGCUUGCAAGAGCAGGCUGUAGUUCUAAAUGGAAACUGGAGAGGGCUCCAGCGUUCCGGAAGCUUUCUGCAAUCCUUUGGGCCUGAGCUUGAAACAGUGUUUAAAAAAAAUGAAUACUGCCUCAGCUUCAGAAAGUGGAUCAUAUUCCACAAACCACUCAAGGCCCUUUUUUUAUGCGCAGCCAACAGCACAACAACCUUUUCCAAGUCCAUGGUACCUCAGCCAUGCAUAUAAUCCAUACUGCGUACCUGGCACUAGGUUUCCGCAGUGGGCAUCCAUAUUUUCCAUUUUAUUCUGUGGCACUCCAUGAGUACCCUGGAUUCCUUGUUCCACAGCAUCCAGUGCAUGCAAGAAUCAACAGAAGGUCUUAUUUUAAUGCUCCCCCAUCCUCUCCUAUGUUUUAUCAUGCAACCCGAUUUAGACACUAUAGUACCCCUGGGAAAAAAACGGAGACAAAAGAAACACAGACUGAUCCUAGACAGCCUGAAAACAAGCAAAAAAAGCAUCAAGAUACCCGUACAGAAACGAAAGGUUGUGAUGCAGGAAAUAUGGCCUGUGUUUCUUCUGGCAUAGGUACAGAGACUGAAAGUACUUCAGAGAAGCAAGAUUCAUCUGGAUCUUCCAUUGUGGUAGACAGGGAGUUUCAUAAUAGUCCUUCCAGCUCUACACAGUAUAGAAAUCUUCCUACUGGAAGCUAUGCCUUUGAGAAGGAAGAGGUGAGAAUAGAAUAUGGAAAUGGCUCUCCAGCUAUUCAACUAUGGAAGUCCUUUAAAGAAACUAUUCCUUUGUAUGAUGUGUCAAGUGGUAAACCAGUCCCAGAGAACAUAGUGCAGCGUGAUUUAUUUUCUGUUAGCUCAUGUGAAGGGAUGAUAUAUGGCCCUCAUGAAGGGGAGAAAUUGGUGCCAGGAACUUACCUAGAUGAGAGAAAAGCUGUUCUCUCUUCAAAACAGGGUGUUGAAACCAUGCAAGAAAAAGAGGUCCAAAAUAAUGAAGUGAAGCUGGAUGUGGAAAAGCAGGUGACCACAAGUCAGCGGGCAAAAUCUCCUCCAGGCGAAGCCAUGGCAGUGCAAAUAGCAGAACUGGCAAGAUCUGUUAGCAUAGAUCAGCCAGUGGUAAGACAGGAUGUGUUAGUAGCUAAGAAAUCUAGCUCUAAAAGAUCCACAGGCUCAAAAACCUCUCAAGAAGAGUCUAGUCUUAUUCAACAAGCAGGACUACUUCCAUCUAGUAUGGAGGUAAUGAGUGACUUGAGUUUUCAGCAAAAGAAACUGAAUCUAAGCCACAGUGCAACCAAUGAAAGUCAAACUGAUAGAAGUAUUUGGUGUGAAGAAUCAGUAGAGAAGUAUGUUCCUUCUAACAGUUGGCUGGCUUGUCUGGACAACAUGGACACAAACUACAACUACGAUGUGUGUUUGCCACAAAGAAAACGUCAAAGUGUACUCAGUCUUUCUUCUGAUGACAUGUCCUCUAGAGAGGAUGGCUCAUCAUUGAUAAUGCCCCAGUGUCUUAUUUUGUACCUGACUAUGUGCUUCAGAAAAGCACGUAUACUUUCCAGAAAAGUACAGAGGGCUUGGAGAAGGAGAAAAUUAAAAGUGGUGGGUCCCUCAAUGAAGAUGAAGUGGUAGGAAGGGAGCAGAUGAACGGUUUGGAUGGCCAAGAUGUCAAAAACUCAACUAUGAAGAUUAAAGAGUCUUCCAGUAUAGGUAAAAGGCUGGGAGCCCUUCCUAGAUCUUCUAGUUGGAAAAAAAUCUGUUCUCUCAAGAAAAAAGCUGCUAAGAGUUUACCAGAAGUGGAGGACUCAGAAGAAUACUCUGCGCAGGGAGAAGAGGAGGAUGAAGAGGAUGAGGAUGAUGAUGAUGAUGUGGAUGAAAUAGAAUAUUUCUUUCAAGAAGCUGCUCCGUAUGGAAUCUUGACGCCGAGUAAAGGAAACCUCUACCGACAAGUUGGCCAGAGGGUGCUUUGGAAACCACCUAAAAAUGCUAUUCCAGCUCACUUAAUUAGCUGGCCUGCUCAGGAGAAAAUAAAAACUAGGAGUGGGCUUGGUGAAAACAUUGGUGUAGUUUACAAGCCAAAGGAGAAAGAACAAGAUGAAGCUGUAUAUAGUGACUAUGGGUAUUAUGGAAGAAAGAGGCCAAUGGCAAGAAGAGAAGGGCUUGAACAUAAGCGAAUGCUACAGAAAGUCUUGGGAGGAAGACUGUUAAGGGAAAGCAUGGGGAUACCACCUGAAGAAUUUUGGAUUAGAAGCGGUGCUAAACCCAAAGUUAUUGGCCGAGUACAUGGUAGUCUCUCACCCCAAGCCAUGAGUAAAGAACAAGGGUGCCCGCCUCUGGUUAAACCCAAGAAGAAAAGAAUAGGCAAGCCCCCAUUAAAACGCAGAGGCACAAGAUGUGAGGUGGAAGAAGUAGAAGUGUGGGAGAUGCCUAAAAGCAGUGUACGCAAAGGGCGUGGAACAAGAAGGUCCCUCUAUAAGAGAAGAUAACUGCAAAUAUUGGGGCAGGAGGGGAAGCAAAUGUAUCAGAGGUUUGCGUAAACAUAACUCUAUUUUGUAAGUUGCUGUGCACUCUUGAAGGGUAAGAACUGCCAUACAUCUUACAGUGCUGCUAUUAAAAUGGAAUGAAGUAUUUAACACUAAACUGUCACCUUUUGUAACUAACGUCCACUAUUUAAUAAAUUUAAUAGAAGUGCAUUUUGAGGCUUGUAUUCCAUCUAUACAUGGAAACAAAACCCUUUUGAUAGGGAUAUAUGUGCAUGUCAGUUAUUGCUGCCCUGUUAAGCUUUGUAGGAUUGUGUGUCAUCUCAUCGCAUAGUCAGUUUGUAUGAUGUGGAAAUAGCUGCAAGACUCACUUCUAUCACCUGGAUUUUUGGCUGGAUUUGUUUUUGGAAGUGUAAAGAAUGUAGUUAAAGCUUUACCAAGUCAAGCACUGACUUAAAACUUCAAGGCAUUUCCUCAGAUCUUACUCUUUAAAGGCAUGGUUGGAGGACUAAAACUAAAGCACUGAACUGAUGUGAUGCUUCCCACUGCUUCUCUUCUUUUUCUGUGGAUCUCUGUGGAGACCCUUGUGAGCUCCCUAUGGAGGCUCUGACCUGGAGAAAUGGACUUUGGAGGCGAAACAGGAGUCAUCCCUAACAAGUAAGGGAAUAGGGCACACCACUGUGACUUAAAAAUAAAAUAAAAAAUGGCACCUUACUACACAAAUGUCUCCAUAGAACCAAAACAAUAAAACUAGGUCUAUUGUUGACCUAUCUAUUCAUAACCAAAAUAGGUUGAUCAUAGCACGAAAACACUGGGGCUUUUUUCACAGCUAAGAAAGUUAGUAUCACCAUGUGAGAAGAAACAUGACACUACCAUUUUUGUAAGAUUACCAAAUAAAGUGACAUUGUGAGUAAAGAAGAUGAGAAAAAUGUAUGAACAAGAGAGAAAGGGGAGGAGAGAAUGGGUGAAUAAGACUUGCCUUUUGCUUUUUCUCCCCAUGCUCUUACUUGAUUUGUGCCUUAAAAUUACCUGCAGAGAUGAAGUAGUGUCUCCUGUGAUGAUGAUCAAGUUGUGUGCAUGCCUGUUACUGGUCUGAUCUGUACCAGGUGACACUGGUUCACCCUGGUGAGGGGUACUGAGGCAUCCCUCUCCUACUCAAUUGACCCUUGACUGUUGUUUCUAAUAGUACUUGUGGGAACUUAUUAAAGAGCUUCUGUAAUUAUAGCCUUUACCUCAAGCUAUUACUGAAAGGAUCUGUAUUAGCACUGUAGUUUUUUCUCUGCCUUAAGCACCAAAAGAAAAUAAGGAAUACAAACUCAUAUUUAGCUCUUACAGUGCCCAAAACAUCUAUUUGUAUCAAUGUCAAAGAGUAAAUGGAGGGACAGAAUUUCUUCAGGCAAUGAGCUUUUUAAUACUACUCCUGCUCUGAAAAAUGUAGGACUUCUCUUAGAUACCUAACAGAGGAAUCUACAGCUCUUGGAGGGGAUACAUUAUUCUGGUGGGAGGAGUGAGGAAUAGUCUCCAAGUGAAAGCCUAAGUGACAACAUAGGAGUAAUCCUCAGCUGUAGCUGAGACCUUUUAGGUAAGGGCUAACACUUUUCCCUGAACUUGAGCCCACCUUUGGGGUUGAAUACUAAGUUACUUCUGCUGGCAGAUUUAACUCUAUUCUUUUUGCCUGGUAGUGGAAUACUCAUUACCUGACAGGUAGAAGGCACACUUCUUUUUUCUUUUUUUCGGAGUGGCUAAUAUUCCAGAAGCACUCCAAAAAAUUAUGCUAAUCCAUCCUUUCACAAGUCUUGCAGCAGUCAGUGUGCUUUCUACCUAGAUAUAAGCAGCAAUUUAGGGCUGGGUGAUGCUAGAUCCCAGAAAGAUGUGAGGGAGUAGCGGUAGGGAGAGUUUAGACUGCUGUAGUCUGAAAGUGCUAUUAGUUUUUCUGAAGUUUGGUGUGCUCUACUCUGCCAGUACUAGUACUGGGGCCUUAAAACUGUAUCUUCUGCUUGACCUUUUAUUCAGUCAGUAGACAGUGGACUGCAUCUGAAGUCAACUGGCUUAUGACUAUUUAAUAUUCCAGUGGGUAAGAUGGCCAUGAUUUAGAAAGGUUGCAAACUAUGAACUGUACUUUAAAAGGCUGUCAAUUAAAGUCCAGGCUCUUCUAGUUCAGCCAAGUAACUAUCCUGUGAUGUAAGAUUUCACUUUUGGUUAUAGUUGCACAUACGUGUCAGUUUUUUCUUCUUCCCUAUGAAGGUAGAUUGCCCAGUGAUGAGUAACUGCAGUGCUGGCAGUAUUGUAUUGCCUUUAAAGUUUUCAAAUGUCUUCGACAAUAUCUACUGUAAUAUCUACUGUAGGAACAUCUGAAGAAUCUAUUUACUUCUUGGCAAAGCAGUGAAAAACAGUAGGGGCCUCUGAAACUGCCAAACUGAGUGUUUUGUUGGACAGACCGACUGACUGACUCAGAAUUUCUAAAUCAUUAUUUGUAGCUAACUACAACUUCUGUUGCAAAGUGGGUGGAGUGUAACGCUCAAAUGGUGCCCAUGGUUAUGUUGGCUUAUCAGAUUUUAAUUCUGUAUUUUACUUUUAGAUUUGGUAGCAUGUGUGGCAUAAAGCAUUCCUUCUUAGUGUCCUGUCUUCUGCCUUAUGUUUAAGAAGAUUAAUUAUAGGUCUUUCUAUUAAAACAAUGUAAGACUGGCAGGAGCUAAUGGCAAAAAUAGUCAUUGCAUGCUAACCAUAAGCAUACCAAGGAAAAACAAAUUACUGUUUUUAAAAAACAGACAAAACAAGCACAAGUCCUCAGAUUCCCUGAGUGACUCACUGUCAUUGGCCAUCUCAGUGGAGACUAAAACCAGAGUCAUUUUGUGGCCAAAAAAAAUGUAUAUUCUUGAAGUUCUUUCUGAAAUGAAGAAUUUGGAGUAUUAAGAUAAUCAGACCUAGAUGCUGGAAAUCAUCAGUGGCAACUGUAUUGCCAGCAAGGUAUGUUGUAGCUGCACUUCACCUUUGUUUAGAUUCAUGGGUUUACAGUUAUGCUACUGUUACCACUGAAAUUUCAAUAUAAACUUCAAAUAGAAAUAUAUUUCUACAAAGAAAGCAGUCACCAGGAACUUUCGCUCUUUGAACAAAUAGUUGAAUGGUUAAGAUUUAAAACACAAGUCUAAUCAGUCUUUCAAGAGUAUAGUUUUCUAUUCUGCUUUCUGGGAAUACUCCGUAGAAUCAUUUUCCAUUAAUAAAAAUGGGUGUUGGAAUUCCUCUAGUCUACAUAUUUCUUAAAGACCUGGAGUCUCUUACAUGCUAGCUUUGGCACAGCUUAAAAUGUUAAGUGGUUAAAUGAAUCAUGUUUCCCAGUAUUCUCAUAUGGGUUGCUAGUCACUGCUAUUAGAAACCUUACAGUAUUGAGACUAUGCUAACUUUUUAACUUUGAAAUUGCCUCUACUUUUAUGAGUUUGAGUAGAGACCUACUAAAAUUCUUAUGUAUGGGAUAUUCCAGAUCUUCAAAACUAAGAAUGAUGUGGGGGAAAAUGAACGGGAAUCAGUUGUUCACAUAUCCUUCAGUAUAAGAACUAGGGGCCAUGAAAUGAAACUAGUAGGGAACAGCUUGAAAGCAAGUGAUGUUUCUUUGCUAAUUAAUACUUAUCCGCAUAACUAAUCUGUGGAGGUUUCCUGCUGAAGGAAACAGUUUUGACAAGCGUCUGGAUGUAAAAGAAACUAGGCUACUAAAUAAAAUAUCAUCUGUGAUUGAAAGUACCCAUGCUACAAGCAAUAGAGGCUUUUUUUUUGAUGAAAUAAAUACCAGUCCUAUUUGCCCUGCUCUGUUGCUUAAGCAUCCACUAUUGACCACGAGUGGAGGAAGAUACUAGGUUAAACAGAUGUUCAGUCUGCAGAACACUGAUUUGGUAUCUCAAACCUUUAAAUUGCACUUAACACAUGUUAAAGAAGGGUUUUCUUGAAUUAUUUUUCUUGAUUCUUCAAAUAGUAAGUCCUUGUAGGUAAAAUCCCAUUGAACAGACCAAGUUGAGGGACCCAUUCCCAAGCAGUGGGAUGACAGGCUAAAAGGAAGCUGAAUUAGUUUAAUGAAACUAGGCUUCAGAAGAAUCUUAGAUGACAAAAGCUAAUGUAACUGAAGAGACUUUCAGGUUACGUCCACUCUACUCAAACUUGAGUGAGGAUUCUCUAGAAUGCAUCAGAGUAAGCCUUUACAUGGUGCAGCUUUCAGCAUCUGUCCAGCAAUCACCAGUGCAAUAAAUGUAUGGAUUCUCUUAGCAUCCCAUGUAGGUCUGUGCAUGCUAUUUCAGCUGUUCAGUUUUCCUUCUGGUUAAAGAACCAGGAGCUUUCAAUUAAUUAUCUGUAUCAGCAUCAUCAUUAACUAGCAGGAGUCAUCAGUAAAUCACACUAGAGAUACCUAGUAAAUAACACUAGAGGAUAAAAACUCCAAAACAUUUGAGCUCUGAAGAAACUAAGUAGUUUCACCAAAAGCUACUGUUCUGAUUAAUACAUUCUUUAUAAGGUCACUAGGAGAUAGUGAUAUUUAAGUUGCAUACCAUUCAACUGCUUUAUCAAUGAACAGGUUUUUGCCCUUUUGUUGGCUUAUUGAAAAUGUGGAGUCUCAAAUGUGAUGAGGGAAAGAAUCUUUUUUUCUAAAUGGGCAUUGUCUACCUUGUUUUAUUCCAGAGCAUAAUGACUUUAAAAAAAAACAUUUCAACUAAGUGACUUAGACAUGUAGAAGGGAAAAAAACACAUUUUAAUGUAUACUUUCCCUGUCUUCCAAAGCACUCGGUGGGAAACAACUUAAAAUGCAUUUGUGUCUCUGGUUCCUUGAUUUCACCAUCAAUAGCUACUGAUGUUAGAGCUUUAUUAUGCUUUGCUUAAUAUAAUAACAAGCACAGAGACUAAGUGCUGAAUGAGAUCAAAUAUGACCUAGUCCUUUCAAAGCAAAUCUGUUUUUUUCCUUUUGGAAAGCACCAAUAAACCUCUAGGUCCUCAAGUCACAGCUUUGCACUGCUGUACCUUUAUCUGUCGAUCUUUCAAAAUGAUUCUUACUCUAAUGCAGUGUAUUGACAUCUCUAUCUUUCCAGUUAAGUUUGCCUUGGAGCAUUAGUGACCUUGUAGACUGGCCAAGUUUUUUUUUUGUUUUGUUUUUAAGCAGAGUACAUAUCUUUCCCUUCUUCCUGCUUACAUGUUCUUUGCUGCUGUUCUGCAACUUAUAAGCAUGUAUUUGAAAACCAUACUGAAACCCUUAGACAUUUAUGUUCUUGUGGGAUGAUUCAUAAAAUAUUAUGUGAAAUAAUUCUAGUAAAUAUACAAAAUAAGUUGGAAUUUACUUCCCCAGACCUUUUUAAAAGGAAAAAAAUCAAAUGUAUCAAAACAACUGAUACUGAAAUGUAUGUAGAAAUAUAUAUUUUUCAUUUCCAACAUGAACCACCCCUUUUUUUAAAUAAUUAAACUUCUCUCUUUAUAGUAAAAUUGAACAUCUAACAUCAUUACACCUGGCUCCUAAUCCUCUGGUUUGGGGAACACUUUAGGUAUUAUAGAACUGUGCCUAUUAUUGUUGAAAACACUGAGAUUUUGCUACAAAAAAGUCAAGUCUUGUUGAUACUGUGAUUUUGUCUUAAAUUCCCUUGAUGAACUCUUUUCCCCUUCAGCAGUGUUCUUUAUUUCCCCCAGCUGCCAGUGCUAGGGUAAG